AUGAGUGUUGGACGCAGGAGACUGAAGCUGCUGGGAGUUCUGAUGAUGGUCAACAUCUUCAUUUACGUGCUGGUGGAGGUGUCCAAGAGUGGCAGCCAGGAGAAGAGCACCAAGGGCCGCGUCAUCAUCCCCCGCAGCAAGUUCUGGAGGAAGUACACUCCUCACAAGGCUUACUGGAACAAGCAGCAGCAGAAGCUCGAGCUGCUCUACAACCCUAUCCUGACCCUGCUUUCCAACAUGACCGUGGAAGAGAACUUGGUUUCCAACGCCAGUCUCCUCAGCUCCUGCGAGCCUGACCCCUGGGUGUCGUCGGAGGUCAGUGACUUCGCCAACUUGCCCGACAGAUUCAAAGACUUCCUGCUCUACUUGCGCUGCAGGAAUUACUCCUUGCUGAUGGAUCAGCCCAACAAAUGCAAGCACAAACCCUUCCUGCUGCUGGCUAUUAAGUCCCUCAUCCCCCACUUCGACAGGAGGCAAGCGAUUCGGGAAUCCUGGGGCAAGGAGAUCCAGUCGGGGGACGUGACGGUCAGAAGGGUCUUCUUACUUGGGCAGACCCCGCCGGAGGAUAACUUUCCUGACCUUUCAGACAUGGUAAAAUUUGAGAGUGAAACCCACCAGGACAUCCUGCUGUGGAACUACAGAGACACUUUCUUCAACCUCACCCUGAAGGAGGUGCUGUUCCUGAAGUGGGUCAGCAGCAGCUGCGCCAAUGUCCGGUUCAUUUUUAAGGGUGACGACGACGUUUUUGUGAACACCCAUCAGAUCCUGGAUUACUUGAAGAGCUUAUCAAAGGACAAAGCCAAAGACUUGUUUAUAGGGGAUGUGAUCAAAGAUGCUGGCCCUCACAGGGAAAAAAAAUUGAAGUACUACAUCCCAGAAAGCGUUUAUGAAGGCUCCUACCCUCCGUACGCAGGAGGCGGUGGGUUUCUGUACUCUGGCGAUCUGGCUUUGAGGCUGAGUAACGCAUCAGAGCAGGUCCUGCUUUACCCCAUUGAUGAUGUCUACACUGGCAUGUGCCUUCAGAAGCUUGGGCUUGCUCCAGAAAAACACAAAGGCUUCAAAACCUUUGACAUCGAAGAGAAAUACAGAAACAACAUCUGCUCCUACACAAACUUAAUGCUGGUGCACAGCAGGAAACCUCAAGAGAUGAUCAGGAUUUGGACACGCUUGCAAGAUCCACACUUAAGCUGUUAA